CGCGCGGGCGGCCACAUCGCAUCGCAUCGCAUCGCCUCCCCUCCCCCACCUCUUCCGGUUAACGAGCAGUCGAGCAGAGCAGAUCACCCAGAGCGAGCUGCGCGCAGAUUGGAGACGAGGGGCGCGCUAUUUAUCGAGCGCAGCACCCACGGGAGCCACGCCGGCCGCCCUCUACCUCGUCCCCGUCCCCGUGCCGCCGUCGCUCCCCAGCCCCCACGCCGCCGCUCCCUCCUCGUCUCCGCCUGCCUCGAUCGCCUCGUCUCGUACUAGGGAGGGUGGAUCGGCGCGGACCACUACCUGCGGUGCCUCCUCGAAUCCCCGCCGACAGCUUCCGCGGUGGAUCCCCUCUGAGCUCAAAUUAGGUAUGUUCAUGCCGUCUCCAUGACCGACUACUGAGGAGCUUCUUUUUUUCUUGUGCGAAUUUUUCUAGCUGAUGAAGACGAGCAACAACAAGUGAUGCUUGCUUCAAAAAAAAAAGACAGACACUACUGCCUCCAUGUUGUUCGUUUCUAACAAUUUUAAUCUCUUCUUGGAUGAACAGAGCAGGUGGCCUGAAAUUAGUAAUCCUUAUCCUUCUUCUAUUUUUCUUUUUAUUUUGUUCUCGUGUGCAGCAGGAUCUGAGCAGAAACCGCCGGGCGAGCUGAUGUACGGCUCGCCGGUGUCCAAGGACCUGAACCUCCCGGUACAGCCGCCGAUGACCUCGUCCGGGCUGCUACGCUACAGAUCGGCGCCCAGCACGGUGCUCGGCGACCUCUGCGAGGACCUGCUCCCUCCGGCUCCGGGCGCCGGCCCCCCGCGCGAUGGCGCCGACAACGUCAUCUCCAGGUUCCUGGCCGACCACCACCACCACAUCCGGGACGACAAGCCGUCGCCGCCGCCGCCGCCGGCGGCGGCGCCUGCCCACUUCCCGAGUGCGGCCGACAUGGCCUCCCAGCAGCACCAGCAUCAGCAAAUGAUGUUCCACUCCCAGUCCCAGCAGCAGCAUAUGGUGGACGCUAAUAAGCCCGGCGGGCUCUACCGCACCGUCAGCUCGGGCAUGGAAGACGCCGCCGGGACCGGCGCCGGCGUCGGCGUGGGCGCGGCCAGCAACCUGAUUCGGCAGAGCAGCUCCCCCGCGGGGUUCCUGGAUCAUUUCAGCAUGGACAACGGGUACGGCGCGAUGCUGAGGGCGAGCAUGGGCAUGGGCUUCCGGGACGGCAGCGGCGGCGUUGGCGGGGCAGGUGGCGCGGCGACGGACUCCCUCGCGGGCGGCGGCGGCGGUGGCGGUAGCGGUAGCGGCAGGCUCAAGGGGCAGCUGAGCUUCUCGUCGCGGCAGGGGUCGCUGAUGUCUCAGAUCUCGGAGAUGGACAGCGAGGAGAUCGGAGGGAGCAGCCCCGAGGCUGCUGCGGGCGGCAGGGGCGGGUACAUCCCGGGGUAUCCGAUGAGCUCCGCCGGGUGGGACGACUCGUCGUCGGCGCUCAUGUCCGACAGCCUGUCCGGGAUGAAACGCCCGCGGGACUCGUCGGAGCCUGGCGGCCAGCAGCAGCAGCAGCAGCAGAACGGUGGUGGAGGGCUGGCGCACCAGUUCAGCCUGCCCAAGACGUCGUCGGAGAUGGCGGCCAUCGAGAAGUUCCUCCAGUUCCAGGACGCCGUGCCCUGCAAGAUCCGCGCCAAGCGCGGGUGCGCCACGCACCCGCGCAGCAUCGCCGAGCGGGUGAGGAGGACAAAGAUCAGCGAGCGAAUCAGGAAGCUGCAGGAGCUCGUGCCCAACAUGGACAAGCAAACCAACACCUCCGACAUGCUGGACUUGGCCGUCGACUACAUCAAGGAUCUCCAGAAGCAGGUCAAGGCGUUGAACGAGAGCCGCGCCAGCUGCACCUGCCCGGCGAGCAAGCACCAGCAGUUCUCCGGCUGAAGCACUUGCCGGCGGUUCGAUCUCCGGCUGGGUACUACUACGUACACACACCACACCGUCCAGCAAAAGACCACAAGACCUGGAGACACGGAGGAACAGGAACACCAUCGUCGUCUGGGACGGUUGUGUUAACCGUAGCUGCUUCCCUGUCUCCGUUCGCUGCGCUUGCGUGGUCUGGUCGAGUAGAGGCAGCUCAAGUUUGCUGAAGAGGAGCAUGUACAGUGCCGGAGGCUGGACUGGAGCAGUGGCAUCAUCAAGUAUUCAGGCGACUUGGAGGAGGGAGUGAGACAUGGGAGGAGGAAGAAACAAUUGUAUAGUACUGCUUCGUUUUUUUGCUUUGCUGUAACACUUUUGCUACAUAUAUUUGUACCAUCCCUGCAUGCCCAUGUCCAUUGUUACAUUUAUUAUUACAUAGGAAAACUUUACGACUAC